CGGAGCCCCUGCAGCACGGAGGAACCCUAUCAUCCCAGAGCCCAGGAGCGGGAGGAAGGAGACCAGGGCACCUGCAGCCUCUGGCCGGGAUGUGGUGGUCUCCGAGGCUGGCGCUGCUGUCGGCGCUGGUGCUGGCCACGGCCCGGGGCGCCGCCUCGGACCCCUGCCCCCGGAUCUGUCUCUGUGACAACGUGCGACGCCACGUCGCGUGCCGGUGGCAAAACCUGACGCAAGUGCCCGACUCCGUCCCCCAGGUGACCCGGAGGCUGAACCUCCAAGGCAACGCCCUGAAGGUGAUCCCGCGGGAGGCCUUCGCGCCGCUGCCCUACCUCACUCACCUGGACCUGCAGCACUGCCAGGUGGAGCACCUGGAGGAGGGGGCCUUCCGGGGGCUGGGCCGGCUGCUCCAUCUCAACCUGGCCUCCAACCACCUGGCCGUCCUGCUCCAGGAGGCCCUGGACGGGCUGGGCUCCCUGCGCCAACUGGUGCUGGAGCGGAACCGGCUGGAGGAGAUCCGGCCGGGAGCCUUCGGCCAGCUGGGCUCCCUGGGGGCCCUCAGCCUGGCGCACAACGCGCUGGUCUACCUGCCGGACAUGGCUUUCCAGGGCCUGGUCCGGGCCCGCUGGCUCCGCCUGUCGCACAACGCCAUCAACGUGCUGGCGCCCGAGGCCCUGGGCGGCCUCCCGGGGCUGCGGCGCCUCAGCCUGGACCACAACGAGCUGCAGGCGCUGCCCGGGGAGGCCCUGUCCCGGCCGGGGGGCCUGGCGCGCCUGGACCUCAGCCACAACCCCCUGACCUACGUGGGCGAAGAGGACGGCCUGGCGUUGCCGGCCCUGCGCGGCCUGGCCCUGGCCCGGAUGGCCCUGCAGGAGGUGGGGGCGGCCGCCUUCGCCCGCUGCCCGCGGCUCCGCUCCCUGGACCUCGGGGGCAACCAGCUGGCCGCCCUGCCGCCUCUGGAGGGGCUGGCCCGGCUGCGCCGCCUCAACCUGACGGGGAACCCGCUGCGCUGCACCUGCGCGGCCCGGCCCCUGCAGGAGUGGGCGCGGCGGGCGCGGCUGCGGCUGGACGCCACCUGCGCGGGCCCGCGCCGCCUGAGGGGCGAGGCGCUGCCCGCGCUGCGGGCGGCCGACCUGCGCUGCCCUGCCGAGGAGGACGACUACGACGACGACGACGAGGGCGGCUCGCCGCGGGCCCCGCGCCCCAGCCGGGCCCCCGGGCCGUGCCCCCAAGCCUGCUCCUGCUCGGCCGCGACCGGGCACAGCAGCUGCGAGGGCCGGGGCCUGGAGGCCGUCCCCCGGGGCUUCCCCGACGGGACCCGGCUCCUCGACCUGCGCCGCAACCGGCUGGGCUCGGUGGCGGCGGGCGCCUUCCGCGGCCUGGGCCGCCUGGUCUCCCUGCACCUCCAGCACUGCCGGGUGGCGACGGUGGAGGCCGGGGCCCUGGCCGGCCUGGCGCAGCUGGUCUACCUCUACCUGUCCGACAACCGGCUGUCCAGCCUCAGCGCCGCGGCCCUGCGCGGGGCCCCCCGCCUGGGCUACCUCUACCUGGACGGCAACCGCUUCGCCCGGGUCCCCGCGGCGGCGCUGGCCCCGCUGCCGGGCCUCUUCGCCCUGCACCUGCAGCACAACCUCCUGCGCCGGCUGACGUCCGGGGACCUGGCCUGGGCGGGCCGGCUGCGCCGGCUCUACCUGAGCGGGAACCAGGUGUCCCGGGUGGCGGUGGACGCCCUGGGCCCGGCCCGGGAACUGGAGAGCCUGCGCCUGGAUGGGAACCGGCUGCGCGCGGUGCCCACGGCGGCGCUGCGGCGGCUGCCGGCCCUGGGCGAGCUGGACCUGGCCGGGAACCCGCUCCGGGCCCUGGCGGACGGGGCCUUCGGGCCGUCGGCCGGCUCCCUGCGCCACCUCUACCUCAACGCCACCGGCCUGGAACGGAUUUCUCCCAGGGCUUUCAGCGGACUGGAGCUCAGCCUCCGGAGCCUGUAUCUGGACCGGAACCGGUUGAGGGCCCUGCCUGCUCUGGAAGGCUUCACCCGGCUGGAACUCGUCAGCCUGAGCGACAACCCUUUCCACUGCGACUGCCGGCUCCUCCCGCUGCACAGGUGGCUUGCCGGCCUGAAUCUGCAAGUAGGGGCGACGUGCCAGAGCCCGCCCAGUGCCCGAGGCCAAAGGGUGAAGACCGCGGUGGCCAUCUUCGAGUCCUGCUCCGGCGGGGGCGGCAGGAAGGUUAAGCGGACCCUGCCGCCCCGGCGUGGGGCAAGGACCCUCCGCCUGAGAACAAAGCCCACCAAGGUGGGAAAAGGGAAGCCUUGAGAGGAAAAGCAACACGCCCGAGGCCACACAGCAAGGUGGAGCAACAGGAACACCACCCGACCGCGGGCCGCCCCUCCCUCGCACCCCGGAAGAAAAGGCUCUUACUCUCAUCCGGCCGUGGCCCGGCUCUGGACUUCCUGGCAGCCUUUGGCUCCCGCUUUGCCUUGGCAGACACCGGCUUCUUGGACGACUGUUUAAGGG